AUGACAAAAGUAUGUCAGUUAGUGACGGUUUUCAACGCGAUGACUACGUUAAAACGAAAGCGGUUGUCGCUUCGGGAAAAAGUUGACAUUUUAGAUUACCGUAAAAAUAACGGAAACGUAGGAAUUCGUGCACUCGCAGAAAAGUUUCAAGUUGGAAAAACACAGAUCGCGGAUAUUGUGUCUAACUCAGAAGAAAUUUAUAAAGCGUGGGUUGAAAAUGGAAAUGAAGAACGAAAAUUAACGAAAUUAAGAAAAUGUGAAGGCAAUGUGAUUGAUAAAGAACUUUUGGUCUGGUUUAGCAAAACUCGAGAAAAAAAUUUGCCAGUUUCCGGACCAACAAUACAGGAAAAGGGUAAACAACUUGCUGAAGUUUACGGAUUAAACGACUUUAAAGCUUCAAACGGGUGGCUGGAAAAAUUUCGAAAAAGGCAUAACAUUUCGUUUAAAUCUAUCUGUGGAGAAAACUUUAGCUGUUGA